AUGCCGAUAGACUUCCACCUCUCCCCAACCGAAUCCGGCGUCCGCGCCGCAGCGCAGACCUUCGCUCGCGACGUCCUCAUCCCCUCGCGGCGCGCGCCUUCCUCCUCAGCCGUCUCGCAACAGGACCGCUUCGCCGGCACCCGCGCCCUCUACGAAGCCGCCGUGACCCUCGGCCUCAUCAAAGCGCAAAUCGCGGCCCCGCUCGGCGGCACAGGCGGCUCUCUCGUCGAAGCCGCGCUGCUCGUCGAAGAGUGCUACGCCGCGGAUCCAAGCGGCGCUUCGCUGACCGUGUUUGGGACGGCGCUGGGGCUCAUGCCGCUGCAGCUAGCUCCGCAUGCUGAGAAGUAUGUAGGCUUUCUGGAGCCGUUUUUGAUGGCGGGGGAGGGCGAUGCGCCGCUCGCGAGUCUGGUGUUUAGUGAGCCUGGGGGCACGGCGAAUUGGCUUGAGAAAGGGGCGCCGGGGCUGCAGACUACGGUGAGGAAGGAGGGCGAGGAGUGGGUUGUCAGUGGAGAGAAGGUUUGGGGGACGAAUUGUGCGGGAUGGGACGGCCGGGGAGCGGAGUUGCAGGUCGUCGUGUGUCGCGAUGUCACUACGGCGGCUCGAGAGGGGGAGGAUCCGAAAGAGAGGAUCGUCAUCGUGUUGGUGACUCGCGCGGAUAUCGUACGCAAUGACGACGCCGCAUUCCAGGUGGUGCAGCAUCUCGAGACCAUGGGGCAUAAGUCGUACUCGGGCGCUCACGUCCGCUUCACCCACCUGCGCGUACCUCAGGCGAACAUCCUAUGCGGACCUGGCCCCCAAGCCGUAAGGACCGUGCUGUCCUCCUUCGACAACACAGGAGUCCUCGUGGGCGCCAUGGCGGUUGGCGUCAUGCGGGCGGCUUUCGAUGCCGCGCUGGCGUUCGCCAAAGCAGAUAGCCGCCGGGGCGCAACGCCGCUUCUUGAGCGCCAGGCUGUGGCCGACAAGCUGGGCGACAUCAAGAUGAAUGCUGAGGCUUGUCGGGCGCUGACCUGGAAGGCUGGACAUGCGCUGGGGAAUGGGCCUGGAGAGUACCAGGAGCGGAGGGAGUUGGCGUUGGCGACGAAGGUGUUUUGUAGCGAGGCGGCGGUCAAGGCUGUGAUGGAUGCAAUUAGUGUUGUUGGAGUAACCGCAUAUGAUACAGCACAGCCUUUCGCGGAGCUCCUGAACACCGCGAUAGCAUUGCCAAUAUUUGACGGUGGUAAUGUCGCGAUGAGACGUAGACACAUGCAGGACAUCAUGCUGUCGCCAAAUUACGAUCCAUGGGGCGCGACCUUCGGCCAGAGCUGAAGAGACUCAUUGUCUGGUGGUAGAUGUUCACGGGCCCUGGACGAACCUAUUGGAGGCCUUCACGGGAGGAAGUGGCAGUUCGUUUCGAAUCUAGAUUGGUGUAGGGCAAUAGCGUUCGCAAUAUUGACAUGAUCACGUACAUCCUGUAGGGACGGG